AUAUUGGCAAAUAGUCACAGCCGCCAGAAUCCGACUGAAGCGGUUAUUUAUAAGGCUGUGAUCAGUCUGCGAACAAAAUAAACAUGGUUUAGGAAGGGGGAGUAAGAAACCAUGCCAUUUGUGUAAUAAUCAUAUAAUUGUGCUGCUGAAUGGUGUAAUUUUAUAAUUUAUUCUGUUAAGUAUUACAAACAUGGCAUCCAGAGGAUUAGCCAUCAGGUGCUUGCAAAUAAAGAAAUUCGGGCAGUUGCUUCCUUCAUGUCAGACGGUGCAUGUAAUAUCGGUGCAACCUACAAGAGAUUCCUCGUACCGGUCUAACAAACCUAUUGGACCACCAAGUCUGUAUACCGAUGUAGAGAUAUCCACAUCACCUGAAGAAUGGAAAUUUGUGGAAAGGCUUCUACCUAAAACAUUUGUUCCAAAACCCACAGUAAAAUCAGACUAUCCAUCAGGCUGGAAACCACCUGCUGAAUCAUCUUGCAGUCAUCCAUAUUAUGUUGAACGAAAUAGGAAUCACAUGUACCCACUGUACCUCAAAAUACAAGGUCGUGGAGAAAAGAAGACUACAAAAUUAAAACAUAUUCACGGAGACAUUUGGGCCCUACAUGAUGAUUUGAAAAAGUACUUGGAAGAAAGGAGCAAAAAGUAUGUAUUUCUGCAAAUACAGGAAGUUUCUGGGCACAUAAAUAUUAAAGGAGAUCAUUUCAGUAUUGUUGAAGAGUGGUUACAAGAUAACGGAUUUUAAUUUGAUGAUGCAAUAGUAGGAUAAAUUGCUAUGUAUAUUUACAUACAGGUAUAUAUACCCAAGUGGAUAAUUAUGUCAUGUUCACUAAGCUUUGUAAUGAUGCAUUAGUCUUCACUGUAAUAGAUAAAUUAUAUAGAACUCAAAGUUAUUCCUUGUAUUAUUGAAAUGUGAAAUAAAAAUAUCUGGGAUUUUUA